CAAUCAACAUGAAUGUGACUUUCUCAAUCGAGGAUGUCUACAAAUCGAUGCGCUGUAAUAGUCUGAUGUACGUGGACUUCUCGCAUCGCUGCUUCCUGUCCAAGGCCAUAAAGCAUUGCAUCCAGGUGAUGCAGUGCAUCGACUACUUCAGGAUUAUGUACUGCCAAAUGAACAUCGAGACGCGAAGCACUGAGGUUGCUGUAAUGUGCGCCUCCAUCGUCAUAAUGGGCCUGCUGAUGCUGGCGGUGGCCCACUUGGUGGACAAAUACAUUGCGCCUUUGCUGAAGAUCGUCUCGAUCGUGAUGCACAUGAACCAAUAUCUGGCGGGCAUUACUCUACUCUGCUUCGGCAAUCACCUGCCGGAGCUGAUCAUCAACCUGACGCCCGUCAUGCAGGAGUCGCCGCUGUUCAACAUUACCCUAUCCAAUGCGAUUGCCGUGGUCCUAAUUAAUGGUGGCCUCAUCUGCUACCUGAGACCCUUCAAGAUCAAUGGCCACGGCGCUGUGCGCGAUCUCCUCUUCAUGAUGCUCGCCUGCGAGCUGGUCCUCUACGAGAUGGAUACUGAUAACAAAAUAACGCGAAUCGAAGGACUAUCCCUUAUCUGUUUGUAUUUCAUUUACUUGAUUAUCAAUAUUGUCGAUCUGAAGUUGAUGCGAAACACUCUUGACGACCUUCGCCAAAAGGUCGACGCUUUGAGCCGAAAGACUCAGCCCACACUCAAGACGAAGAGCAAACUGCGGCACAUGCAGAACAAGCUGGCUCACAUGGAGCUGGAUAGCAAGAAUGUGGACAAGUACAAUCACUCGGAGAUCUUCAUCUCGGCCAAGCUGAAGACAUAUUAUGGCAAAAAGACUUCGUUCGACGAUGAUGAGCCUGAUGAUGUGGAGCUGCGCGCCCUCGAGAAAUAUGGCCAGACUCGGCCUAGUGUAAUCGUGAGGGAUAAUGAGAAAUACUUGCGCGACAUCUUCUACAAUCCAGAGAAUCCCCGUAAUAUGUUUCUAUUAAACGACCUAUGGGACUCGAUAAAUCCGAUCAGUUUGAGCGAAUUCAAGCGGAGCUCGUACAUUGAACGAAUCUACAUAGUACUGAUCAUGCCCGUCUCAAUCAUCUGCAGUCUAUUCGUACCUGUCGUCGACACCUCCGUGAACAAGCACGGCUGGAGCAAGCUGCUCAAUUGCAUACAGAUCGUGACGACGCCCUUCAUAGUCAUAACUCUCUGGCAUGCAUUGACCUGCUUAGAGUAUCAAAGUUCGUUCAUAGUUUUGUACUUUAACAUUUCCGUUUGGAGCUUCUGCGUCAGCGUGCCGCUAGCCAUAUUUGUCUUCUGGAAGACACGCACCGAUAAACCACCGCGUUUUCACAAGCUCUUCAUGAUACUCACGUUCAGCAUCUCCCUGGUUCUACUGAAAAUCUUUGCCACUGAGAUCGAGGUGCUCAGCUGUGUGAUUGGCUUGGUUUCGCACAUGAGCGAGGAUUUCGCAUCCAGCAGUAUUCGGGCAUUUUGCUCGGCCCUUAGCGAUAGUAUAUUCAAUAUCAGUUUGGCAAUUAAGGGCUACGGCGGAAUGGCAUUCGCUGCCGGCUUGGCUGGGCCAUUUUUCAGUUUUACGAUCGGCUUGGGUCUCUACUUCUUAACCAAUCCCAAGGUGAGCCAGCUCUACUCCAAGCGCUGGCUACUAGGCGAACAAGGCGAUAAUUCGUACUUUUUCUUCAUGCUCAUUGCCUUUUCAACUCUGCUGUGGAUCGUCACUUUCAAUUUCCUAGCUCGCCGUUCAGUUGCCAUCUUCGAUCUGAUCAUGUAUAUAGUCUAUCUGAUAUAUGCUAUUCUCGUUGAGUGGAGUGUUAUUCAUGCAUUCACAUUCGACCCACAGUUCGAGCCCACAUAAGUCAACUUUGAUUGAUGAUUAUCAUUU